AUACACCACCUUUGAGCUUAUUUAAGGCGCAGGAUUGACACAAACACAAAGACCUUUCUCUUAUUAUUAUGGCACCUUUCUAUGAAUGUUGUGUGUUCUGGCUUCUGGUGAUGGCUGUUGCGGCCAAGGCUUUCAGUCAACGACGUGGCUUGACUUUGGAGUGUGUUGGAAAUGUUAUGAAGCUGACCUUGGACAGUGCGCUGUCUUUUAGACGUCAACUUGAAAUUGAAGCCAUCAAUGGUUCACGAGUUGUGCCUCUAUCGCCAGCCCUGGCGGCCCAGUGUGGCUACAGUGUCGAGUCUGACCCUUGGGGAAAUAUUAGAAUCUAUACAUCACUGCUUAGCUGCUUUGCCUUCAACCAUGAUGAUGCCGUGUUCGAUAUUGGACUGCGCCUGCAGCUGUAUGGCAACAGGAUGUCCGAUGAUGUCAUUGAGGUGGAGAAGACUUGCGAGUACAAUCAGUGGGCUUCACGAGAGAUUCUCUGCGAACGAAACUUCAUGGAGGUCUCUGUUCAUAGAGGACAUCCUAAUAAGAAUAUGCAAAAGCAGGCAAUACAUCCAGUUACAGGAACCAUAGGAUUUUUGGAUAAUGAACAGCACUCCAUCACACUGGGCGAUAUUUGGAGGAUGGUCUUUUAUACACUCGAGGAAACGCCAAUGACGUUGGAGGAGGUUCAGAAAGCAGGAUAUGGCGUAUCAGUGACUCCCACGCGACUGGUUCUGCGAAGCCCGAAAAACAAGCCUGAAACUUUCACUGAUGAUGUGAAUGGGGUGCAAAUGGAGUUCCUUAGAGUAAGCACCUACUUCAAGCGGGCUUGGUCUGUAACGAUAAUUGACAGCAUUGCCGUUUGUCCGACUGGUGGGCUCCAUUUUACCAACCAAUUCAUCAAAUGGUACAUGCCCCAGUACACCAUGCCUAUAAUAAUGAAUCCCCAGCAUCAAAUCCUUGAAAUGUACAUGGGGAUUAAUGGAAAGAGGCUCACUCCAAAUGAAAUGAAAGCUAGAGGCUAUACCAUGAUGAUAAAUGAGCCUCAUAUUAUAAUGUCCUUGCCUAUCGGUGGACCAGAUGGUUAUUAUAAGAGCAGUGUGUUGGAUUAUACGUACCAUAUUACUUACAGUAUUGAACCGAUGCUUGAAAUACUGUGGCUGGAAGGAAAAUCUGAAGUCACCAGAUACAAAGUGCAUUAUCCCAUCACCACACCACCUGAGCGUCGGCUGCCCUACAUCACAGACAAUACUGCUGCAGACUCGGAAGUGUUCAAGUUAAUGCUGGGUUUCUUCCUCCCUGACGUCGAGCUGUUGAACAUCACGUUAUCAACCGGAGUCCUGAGCGUGGAAGAGGCCAAUGAAAAAGGAUAUAAUGUACAGGAACACUUAUUUUCUAAUGGCUCCAAGGCUUUCAGCCUCGAGGUGUCCUUCUUCGAUCCUGCUGUCCUGAGAACUAAAGCCGACCCGGCGAACGUCAUCUACAGUCUCUUCCUCACCUUUGGUUUGUUCGUCGUUCCUGACUACACUCCCUUUUCUCACACUGCCUUAGUGGAAGUUACUCGCAAAGACAUCGUCAUGUUUACUAUGAAUGGAAUCUGCGAUGAAAAGAACUUCUAUGUUGAAAUUGGACACGGGAACCAAGGCGUAAACUUUCAAAUAAGUAUUGGCAGACGUAACCUUACGGCUGACCUCUAUACAGAGUACAGUGUUAAGGAAAACGGCACGCAUGUCAAAAUGACCGUGCCUUUUCUGGCACAAGACAUCGUUUUUGAGGAGUCCAGUCAGUCAUUACUAAGGGCUCGUAUUGAUCUAGUAAUAUCUCACCAUAACUGGCAAUUUAAAAAGUUCUCCUUGGCGUGCUCCUUUCCCUUUAUCAUGACUGAAUGCUUUGCGAAUGGAUCCAUAACCGCGCUCGCAGUCAAAGCCGAAGCGGCCAGCCGGAUGAUUCCGAGCCAGUUAAGGCUGAGAGAUCCGUCGUGUAAACCCAUCUUCAGCAACAACCGUUUUGCUUACUUCUCCUUUAAUGCAAACAGUUGUCAAACCACCAGAACGUUCCACGAUGACAUCAUGACCUAUCGAAAUGAAAUCUCCAUGGGCAACGUGACAGCUGCUGGACAGCCAUCGCAAAAUGCCACGAAAUCGGGUCGAGAAUAUCGUAUGGCAGUGGUCUGCAGUUACAAGCUAACCAAAACGCUGGCCUUGACGUUUUCCCCUGGGCCGCAAGCAAGCGCACUUCAUGCAGAUCCCGGGUUCGGAGAGCUGCAUGUCAGGAUGAGGCUUGCUACAGACGCCUCUUUCGAUUCCUUCUAUACGGACGAGGACUAUCCAGUGGUACAGUAUCUAAAGCACCCUCUAUACUUCGAGGUAGAACUGAUGCAGUCCAUCGACCCACAAAUUGAGCUGGUCUUGGAGAACUGCUGGGCUUCGGCUAAUCACAGAGGCUCCAUGUUGACAUGGGAUCUGAUUGUGAAAGGCUGCCCGAAUCUGGCCGACAAUUACCAAAUCACAUUUUAUCACGUCACGGCUGACGAGCGGGUUCGCUACCCAAGCCACGUGAGACGCUUUAAGAUCGACAUGUUCACUUUCGUCAAAGACAACCUGCCUCUUCAUGAUCAGAUCCGUGUCCACUGUGAAACUAUACUGUGCGACAUUCAACACAUGGACGGUAUCUGUAACACCUACUGUCCGUUGUCUAAAGAUAAAUACGUUAAAAGAGGUGUGUACUGAAUUUCUCCCGUGUCAUACCAACUUGAUUCUACAUCACUGACCCGACUCAUCUGUUCUACAGGACGCAGAACCAUGGGACAGGGACAACACAGGAUGUGGGUCUCGUCUGGAAAAAUUUCCCUCUCCACCUCGUAGCUGAGAUCUGAAUAAAGUGUUGACUUAAA